AUGGCCUCCUCAACUCAAGCAGACACCAAACCACCCCUCCCCCCCUUCACCCGCGAAACGGCUCAGAUCAAGGUCAAAGCUGCUCAAGACCUGUGGAACACUCGAGAUCCGCAAAAAGUCAAAAAUGGAUAUACGCCUGAUACGAUAUGGAGGAACCGGGAUCAGUUUCUGAAGGGUACGGAUGAGAUUGUGGCGUUUUUGACCAAGAAAUGGGAGAGGGAGAAUGGGUAUAAAUUAAGGAAGGAAUUAUUCUCAUUCACAGAUAACAAAAUAGCAGUGCAGUUUUGGUACGAGUUCUAUGACCUCACAGGCCAAUGGUAUCGUUGUUAUGGUCUCGAGGACUGGACAUUUGCUGAAGAUGGCCGGAUGAGGAAGAGGCAGAUGAGUGGGAAUGAUGUGAAGAUUGCCAAUGAGGAGCGCUGGUACAAAGACAGGGUUGAUGUCAACACUGUGGACAUUAGUGAAAAGCAUUGGUGA